AUGCUUUGGAUUCUUGUGCUCCAAUCCAAAUCAUUUCGGGUUGAUGAAUGUAUUGAUUACAACAAAUCAUCAGAUAUCCAUGAAAUUUUUAAUAAUUAUCACAAUUACGAAAUAAAGAAGAAUGAACAAAUGUGCUUUAUCGGAGACUUUAUAUUUAGUUCUGAUAAGGAAUUUCAAGCAAAGACAAUCUUAAUAGCUGCAAGAGGAUAUAACGGAGAAUCAAAAUCCACAGAAUGGAUAAAGGAUCCAGUUGCUGUUACAGGCGGAUGUUACAAUGAUAAGAAUGGAGUUGAACUCUGUUACAAUGCUAGAACUAAUAUUCAAUGUUUACAAGAUAAAUGCAAUUUCACAGUUAUAAAGAUAAAUGUUCAACCGCGAAACAUAUCCUUCAAAGGAAUAAUCAAUAAUGUUGCUGGAUAUGAUUUUAAGGAUAUUGAUAUGGUGACAAUCGGAACAAAAGAGAAAGGUUCAAUGGAGUUAUAUACAUUCAGUAACCUGCGAAGAUAUAAGGAUGGUCAUCUUACAGGUGUAAGUUUCAGACAUUAUGGAAUUGUUGUCCAAAAUGGAAAACCAGAAUUUAAAGCAACAAACACUUCAAAAGCUAGAUCUUGGCUAAUGGGAGAAGACGGUAACUCAUGUAGAUUUACAACUUCUGGUACUUCCAGUGAUGUCUUCCUUCAUGUGGAUUACUUCAAAGGCGUUGAUACAGAGAAGACUCGCAAACUAUAUUUGAAAGAGUUCCAAAUAACUCUUAAUCCAGAAGGUGGCUUAUAUACAAAGGACUCACCAAGCUAUGAAUUUCCAAGAUUUAAGAAACCUCUUGAACCAAUUAUUAUCGUUUUGAUUGUAGGCAUUAUUCUUGGUAUUUUUGGUAUAAUUGGUUGUGUUGUAUGCUGCGUUUUCUGCCCAUGCUGCUGUUGCAACGCAUUCUGUGUAAAUUGCAUGCCAUGCUGCCCAAUAAAUUCAGCAAAUAAAGAAGCUGCACCAGAAGUUUAA